CAUGGCGUUCAUGUGCCAGCGGGACAGCUGGGCACGGCAGCUCACAACCAGGGUGGUCUCCUGCUGCCCUGCCCAGUUACCAACCAGAAAUGGUGGAAAGAAGGAGGCUCUGCAAGGAUUCCACGUCAUCCUGGAAGACACAAUUCUUUUCCCAGAGGGUGGAGGACAGCCGGACGACCGGGGGCUCCUUAAUGACAUCCCCGUGCUCAGGGUUGCUCGACGAGGCCCGGACGCUCUGCACUUCAUCCAGACACCUGUUGAGCCAGGCAGUGAGGUGCAGCUAGUGCUGGACUGGGACCGGCGGUUCGACCACAUGCAGCAGCAUUCAGGGCAACAUCUUAUCACAGCUGUUGCAGAUCUGAUGUUUGGAUUCAAGACAACAUCGUGGGAGCUGGGCCAUCAGCAGAGCACUGUGGAGCUGGACACCCCCUCGAUGACCUUAGAUCAGGUGGUGGCCCUUGAGCAGAGCGUAAACGACAAGAUCCGAGCCCGAAUCCCUGUGGUGGUGCGCCAUCUGGCGGAGGGCGAUGCUGAGGGUGACAAGGUGAGGAGCCGUGGCUUGCCAGACGAUCACACCGGCCCUGUGCGAAUAGUCAGCAUUGAGGGUGUGGACGCAACCAUGUGUUGUGGCACACAUGUCUCCAACCUCAGUGACCUGCAGGUUAUUAAGUUCCUGGGCACUGAGAAGGGGAAAAAGAACAAGACCAACUUGGUUUUCCUUGCUGGAAACAGAGUGCUGAAGUCUCUGGCGCAGAGUCAUGCCACCGAAAAGGCUCUUACAGCACUGCUUAAGAAUGGCCCUGAGGAGCAUGUGGAGGCUGUGAAGAGGCUGCAGAACUCUCUGAAACAACUUCAGAAGAACAAUUUGAACCUGCAGAGGGAUUUAGCUGUCCAAAUUGCUCAGAAUUUCAAAAGCAACCCAGCUCGGGAACCCGUGUUCAUAUUACAUAGGAAAGAUGGUGAUUCUGAGUUCAUGAACAUCGUGGCGAAUGAAAUUGGCACGGAGGAAACCCUCCUUUUCCUAUCUGUGGGAGAUGAAAAGGCAGCCGGGCUUUUCCUGCUUGCGGGGCCUGCUGAAGCUGUGGACAAGCUGGGGCCCAGGGUGGCGGAACUUCUGGAAGGGAAAGGAGCGGGGAAGCGUGGCCGCUACCAGGGCAAAGCCACACGCCUGAGUCGGCGGGAAGCGGUCCAGGCCAUCCUCUGGGAGUUCACUCACCACCGCAGCUCAGAGCACUGA